AGGGACGCCCUUUCCCGUCCCGGCUUCCGUAGAAGGCCAGAAGCAAGCUAGCUUUUUUUUUUGGCGCCUGUGCUAUUUGAGAUAAAGAAGCUGACCGCGUGUUCAUCACCAGCCAUCGUCCAAGCUGAGGCGAGUUGUUUUAAUUGAGCCUAAAAGAGCACAGCAUGGGCAAGAAGCAGAAUACCAAGGGUAGGAAGGAUUCACAGGAGGGGGGGCAGGGCACACAAGAGGAACCUGAGGAAUUUGUGGUGGAAAAAGUUCUGGACCAGCGUAUUGUGAAUGGGAAGGUGGAGUUCUUCCUCAAGUGGAAAGGAUUUACAGAAGCUGACAACACCUGGGAGCCGGAGGAGAACUUGGAUUGUCCGGAGCUUAUCAACGCUUUUCUUGAAGCCCAGAAGAACAUUAAGGAGAAACCGGCUUCUCUGAAGAGAAAGGCAGCUGCAGACGACUCUGAAAUGGAUGCGAAGAAGAAAGAUGCUCCCGAGAAACCCAGAGGCUUUGCGAGGAACCUUGAUCCAGAAAGGAUCAUUGGUGCAACAGACAGCAGUGGGGAGUUGAUGUUCUUGAUGAAAUGGAAAGACUCUGAUGAAGCCGACUUAGUCCCAGCCCGAGAGGCCAACACCAAGUGCCCUCAAGUGGUCAUUGCCUUCUAUGAGGAGAGGUUAACAUGGCACUCGUGUCCGGAGGAUGAAGCUCAGUAGUUAGCUGCCUCUGGGCCUGGUACCUCCUCCUUUUUCCUCAGGACUGACUCUCCUCCGUUGGCCUGGCCUUCUAGUUUUAGCUGUUCUAGUUUAGGUUUUUGUUGUUUUUUUGGGGGGGGCCGGGGGUUCUGUCUUCAAAAUGUACCACUUGCAUAGCCCAGCUGCGUAGGAGAGCUGAAAUUGUUCCAUAUGAUAGAUAUGUUAUCACAGUCGUUUUAAUAAUACUUGGUUUGUGGAACCUGAGUCACACACCGCCUACACAGCCUCAUCCCAGAAUUGCAUAUGGUUACACGCAUCUUAUGCCAUUGUUCUCGCAAGCUCAAUGGAAGGAAGAGUUUUCUCUGACAUUUUUUUUCCUUCUGUUUUUCAACUUGUUGUUGGUUUUUUUUGUAAAUAUUGCUUUGAUUCAAAUAAAGGUGUUUUUUUUUU